CUUAAUUUAGAUGAUUUUCUUCUUGUUCGGUCGAAAGCCUUUUUCUCUUUCUAUUUCGCUUUCUCCUUUUAUAAAAAUAAAAACUUCACAUCCCACAAUUUCGUCAAACUGGAUCCCACUAAUUUAACAAAAUUUGAUAGUUCAACAGUUUGCGGUCCGAAUGAUCCUGUUUUACUGUAUGUUCAUUGCUCAACACGUAAACCCGAUCCUGUUGUACACAUUCUUCGGAAAACCACACCUAACGGCAUCCCGCCUGUCAUUAUAGUAGAAGGACGAGUACCAAAGGUAGUGGAUGAACGCCCAGACAAAGCAGUUAAGAUUGUUGUUCUUGAUCUUCGGGAUAACCAGGAUAUAAGUAAUGCAAACGAGAAUCAACCUGCUUCUAAAUUCAAAAAGAUGCCAGCGGAUAUAUGGGACAACGUGUUACUGAUUAAAAUGGCCCAUAAACCAAAUCAAGGUACGGAUUGUCCUAUUCAAGUGAAUAUCCCUUCAGUCGAUGUCUUCUCGGAUAUCCUGCCAUCGCAAGGAGCGCAAAAACAACAGCAACAAUUACAGCAGCAACAACAGCAGCAGCCGAACCAAAUGUUGUUUAAUCCAGGUAUGUUUAACCCAAAUAUGAUGUUUGGUGGGAAUAAUGGAUUUAUGAUGGGACAGCCUUCCAUGAUGUAUAACAGUCCCCAUGCAAAUUAUGUAAAUGUGAUGGCUGCAGCCCAGUCUUUAUUAAAUGCCAACAACAAUUUUCAUGGCAUAUACAAUCCUGCUGCAUUUAAUAAUCAGCGUGUCAUGUCGCCACAAUUGCACCAGCAACAAUUAAUGUUGCCACAGCAACAACUACAGCAACAGCAACAAUUGCAGCAACAGCGUCUGCAACAAUUACAGCAGCAACAAUUACAGCAACAAUUACAACUACAACAACAACAGCAGCAACAACAACAACAACAACAACAACAACAAAUUAAACGAAAGCCAGUUCAAUUACAACCGCAACAUUAUAUGAGCCCCCAAAUUGAACAAAGACUACAAAGAAAAGCGACUAUUCCUCCGGCUGCAACACCACCAAGAGAUACUCCGGCGAGCUAUUUGAAAGCUCCAGCUGUUGAAAAGGAAGCAAAGAAGUCGGUUACAUUUGCAGAGGAGCCGACAGUGUUUGAAUACGAAGCUCUUGACCCUGAAUCCGACACUGAAGAUGCAGAGGAAGAUGAUGGGAGAUAUUAUGAAGAACAAGUGCACCAUUAUCCCGAAGACGAAGUGGAAGUGCACCGUCAUCAUCAUCAUCAUCAAUACGAUGAAGCGUAUUAUACCCCACCAGAAUAUAAUAGAUACCAAAGAUUAGAGCCUGAUAUGCGUAGAAGACCUCAUGAGUAUUAUGCUGAAGAUGAUGAUAUUUUGUAUAGAAGGGACUAUUUGAGCCGGAACCACUCAGUGAAUAAUCGCAGUAAUAAUCAACGAAUUUUAUAGAAAUCGCGCUUGUGUACGCGACUCCCUAUUUUUUUAAUUUUUUUUUUUUUUUUGCAACGUCACACACUUGCAAUUUAAUUUUUUUUUCCCUUUGGCCCUUUUUUUUUUGCUUUUUUUUUUCGUUCAUU